UUGCUUAGAUAUAAUGCCUAUUUGGAAAAGAAGGUUGUCGAGUCAGGGGACUCCACAAAGUUAUUCACAUACAUUAAUAAACGCCUCAAUGAACCCAAGAAAAUUCCUGCCUUGCGUACCAGUCAGUCAAAAAUCGUCAUACUUGAUGGAGAAAAUGCGGAGAUGCUAGCAGAACAAUUUCAAGGACUUUUCGCGAAAGUCCAGAUCUAUGAUGAGAUCUUUGACUUGCUUUCAAAAUGGCCUAACUCCCAUUCGGUAACACCUGACUUUAUACCUCUUCAUCUCAUCAAAAGGACUGCGCAUUGUCUUGCUUUACCUUUGGAACUACUCUUUAAUUUGUCAUAUAUGAGAUCGGAAGUCCCAUCAAGGUGGAGACACUCUUUCAUUGUUCCAGUUCCGAAGAAGCCUCCCUUUAGCAAUCCUUCCAACUAUCGACCCAUAAAUGUCACAUUCUGUUUGUCGCGAGCGGCUUUGUCGAAAAAAUAG